GGGAUGUGGAUGCAAAGGCGAAGGUCCCUUUGAACACUCACGGCAAUGGGUCGAGUAAGAAAGUCCGAGAGAGAAAUCUCAUAUGGCUUCGGCUCAAGCUCGCGUGUGCGUGAUGGAUGCCCAACUCAUUACCGACGUUUUCAGGCGUUUUGAUACGAACCGGGAUGGCAUCAUCUCCAAAGAAGAGCUGAUGAGGGUAUUCGGCAAGCUUAUGCCUGAACACCACCACAUGGAGAAGCUGAUCGCCCAAAUGGAUACUAAUGGAGAUGGAUCGGUGCAGUAUGAAGAAUUCGUUGCGUGGAUCCUAAAAGCAAAGUCUGGGGAUGGAUUUGACUCAGAUCGUGCUGGCAUUCUUUCUGCUCAUGCUGAAGGUACACAGCAGAAGGUGCAGAAAGUGAGGGCCAGCCUGACGGGUGCCAAGCGCUCGGCGGUGUUUGUGGAGCAGCUGGAUUCAGAGAAGGGUCGAGCUAGCCUGGCCAGCAUGAGCAAAGAGCCUCCGAAGGGAGCUUUGGCCAUUUGCUGCGCACUGCACAACUUGCUGAAGAUCCGCAGUGCCAAGAUCGACUGGCCGGUGGCCCAGAAGAUGCUGGCGGACCCGGAAGCUUUGAUCUCCAGCAUGAGAGCCUUUGACCCUCAUCAGGUGCCGGACUACGUCAUCCAGUCCUUUGAGCAAGCGUUGAAGCUGCCUUACUUUCAGUUCGAGCGCAUGGCGGAGCAGAACUUCGCCUCCGCGUGCCUGGGCUCCUGGGUCGUGGCGAGCGCCGAGGCCGUCCGGGACCUGAGGCUCCUGGCGCCGGUGGAGGCGGCGGCCAUGAGGGCCAGCGCGGCCUGCAGGGAGCUCGAGCCCUGAGACCCUGAGGCGCCCGAACACCGCCCGAACACCGCCCGAACACCGGGCGGCACAAGUGGCCGGGGGCCGGGGAAUCCGUGUGCACGGUCUUUGCAAACGCAAGACCGUGACACGUGUUCAAUGUUAACGAGACAACUGCGAAGAGAGAAA